AUGGAGGUUCCCUUCGAUGGCCAGCCUGAAUACACUGACGUUCUCGUCGUCGGGGCGGGUCCCUCCGGCCUUAUGUGCGCGCUUGCUCUGGCAAGAUACGGCGUAGACACCAUGAUCGUCGAGCGACGAGAAUACGGUCAGAUCUACGGUAACGCGGAUGUCAUACAGCCGGGUACCAUCGAGUUGUGGGAGAGCCUCGGAUUGAGAGAGGGUCUGAUGAGAGAGGGCACUCCGAUUCUGGCAUACGCCAGCUGGUCCGUAGAUGAGGAUAGCGGGGAACUCGAGCGCCAGCCGCAAGGCCCGAACGUCUCACUUCGCGAUUGCAGGUACCCCUACGAGAUUGCGCUGCCCAUCGAGAACAUCGAAGGGUUGCUACGCGACGACGCGGCGAAGUACCGCCUCCAGGUCGAGCAACCAUGGAUACCCACAGACUUGGUCAUCCUUCCGGAAGAGGUCGGCAAGCCGAACGCCUAUACAGUCAGGGUCAUACUCGAGCGCCCGGCCGACAGUAAGUGGACUCAGCGGAAGCGUACCAUCUACGCCAAGUACGUAGUCGGAUGUGACGGCGCUCGGUCAUGGGUGCGCGAGAAGGUGGGCAUCAAGUUGGAGAGGAGAGAACGAGAUGAUCAGGCUGUAAACUGGGGUGUCCUGACGUUCACGCCUGAGACUGAUUUCCCCGACACGAUGGUCAAGGCUGUCAUCUCAACGCCAGAUCGCGGAAUGAUAUUCUGGAUUCCGCGCCCAGACAGCAAGGCACGUCUCUAUGUCCCGCUGUCAAGUAAGGUAGACACCCGGACAACCUCGCGCGCCGCGUUUCUUGAUGCAAUAUCGAACGUGGUUGACCACGUCUUCCGCCCGUACACCCUCAAGAUCAAGGACUGCGACUGGAUUAGCACAUACAAAGUUAUCCAAGCCGUUGCAUCGUCCUUCUCCGCUAAGAACCGCGUCUUCAUCGCUGGCGAUGCUGGACACACGCACUCUGCAAAAACUGGACAGGGAGCCAACGCCGCUAUGAAAGAUAGCUUCAACCUUGCGUGGAAGCUCGCCUUCGUUAUCCGCGGUUGGGCUAAGCCGACGUUGCUCGUCACAUACGAAGCCGAACGUAAAAAGUACGCCAGCGACCUCAUUGCCAUCGACCGAGACAUCGCCACGGCUAUCAGCCAUGGACGAAAUAAUGCUCGAUUCUACAAAAAAAUCUGGGAGGAGAGGAAUCGUUUCAUCACCGGCGUGGGUGUCUGCUACCACUCGCCCCUCACACCCGUCGAGAAGCCCUCGCCGCUAGCGCCCAGAUUGACGCCGGGAGAGCGCCUUCCGCCGGCCGCCAUCCUGCGCCUUUCCGACUGGCGCCCGCGCAACACGCACGACUUGCUCCAAGCCGACUGCACUUUCAAGCUUCUUCUCUUCCCUGGCGAGAUGCGCUACUCUGUGACCAUGGUCGACUCUUUCGUCUCCACGCUGUUCAAAGAGCUAAGGUCUUGGACUGCGCCGGAGCGGGAGGUCCUCAAACUAUUCGCCAUCUUCUCGGAUCUGAAGCUUUGGUCGCACUGGACGGAGGCGCCGGAAUCCGUUCGCGACCCCAUGAGCGUCUAUGUCGACGACUCAAUGGUGCCCGACGUUGCGGACAUGGAGUUGUCUACCACCGGGGUCUACAGCUUAUACGACAUCCAGCCGGAGGGCUGUGCGGUGCUCAUCCGUCCCGACGCCCACAUCUCCCUUGUUAGUCCCAUCAACGUCUUGGGCGCGCAAGAAAUUGCUCGUUUCCUCGUCCGCCUUUGA